AUGUCCCUUUCAACUCUGAGAAAGGAAAACCUGCAGCUCCCAGGGAGCUCCACAGGACCUGAGGCUGAGAUCCAAAUCUUGGACGUGCUGCACAGUGUGUACCAGGUACUGGAAUUCACCUCCACCGGCACCUUCAGUUCAGUCGCUGAGUGCAACAACACACAAACAAAAGAAUCUGUGGCCAUCAAGAUAUAUAAGAAGGAGUCCCAGAAGCACCACACAGAGCUGGCCAUGCUGAAAAUGAUCCAUGGUCUUGAUCCGAACAACCUUGUUCGAUUCGUGGAGAGCUUUGAACACAAAGGGUACUCAUGUCUGGCCUUUGAAAAGUUGGACAUGAAUCUGCACGAGCUGCUCAACGACAGACCUGGCAACCCGCUCUCUCUGGAGGAAAUCAAACCCAUCGCACAACAGCUGCUCAGUGCACUGAAGUCUCUGAAGACUGUUGGUGUAACUCACACUGAUAUCAACCCGCAAAAUAUCAUGCUGACGAUUGAAAACGACCAACUCAGAGUCAAGAUCAUCGACUUUGGUUCAGCCGUUGUAUCUGCGAAAGUGAAACGCGGUGUCGUCAUGCAGGCUGCUGCAUUCAGGUCUCCUGAAGUUAUUCUGGGCCUUCCCAUCACAGAGGCAGUAGACAUGUGGUCUUUGGGUGGAGUUUUGGCAACCAUGUACCUCGGCAGCCCGUUAUUCCCUCAGAGAUGCAUAGUUUAUCAUAUGAAAACCGAAGUUAAGAUGAUGGGUAACAAUUCCGAGAAUGAGCAAAGAUUUGCCACCCUCCUUCGUAAGAUGCUGCACCUGAAUCCUGAGAACAGAAUAACACCCAGUGACGCUCUGCUUCACCCGUUCAUAACUGGACUGGAUGCUGAUGACUCUCUAGUCGAGGAAUCAUCUGAAGAAGAUAACAGUUACGCUGAUGAUGGUUAUUAUUCUGCAACGGACACCUCAGAGGGUGCUUCAUCCAACAUGAGCUCAACAGACGUAGCCUGCGCUGACAAUGAAUCAACAGAUUCUUUCGUCAGUAGGUUGGGUGUAGAAAAAGGUGGUGGAGACUCACACAGAGCAACAACUGGCCUGUAUGAUGCCGUGUCGGCUGACCAAGGCACAGUCACAGCUGAUAACCCUGCUCCACCCUUAACGUUUGACUCCACUGACGCCCACAUUGGCUCGGAUGGAGUCUCAACCAGAAACAGUCGUGGAAAAAGGAUCAGGAAGUUCUUCAGCAGGAUGUUUAGGGCCCUGUGCAGCUGUUGCUCUACAAAUGUUGAGCAAUAA